CAAAGAAAAUAUAAAGGUCAUUGUCUGUGACCUGUAGAAGAGUUUACAAUGGAGACUCCAGCUGUCACCGAGCCCUCCUACAACACAGUUGCCAAGAAUGACUUCUUUUCUGGAUUCGUAUGUUUCAGCAUAAAUGUGCGGGCAUUUGGAAUCACAGUGCUGACUCCGCUGUACUCCCUGGUGUUUGUCAUUGGUGUGAUAGGCAAUGUCCUGGUGGUUCUGGUGCUCAUACAACGCAAGAGGCUUCGAAACAUGACCAGCAUCUACCUGUUCAACCUGGCUGUCUCUGAUCUGGUCUUUCUCUUCACACUACCUUUCUGGGUUGACUAUAUCGUAAAAGGAGACUGGGUGUUUGGUAAUGCCAUGUGUAAGUUUCUCGCUGGAUUUUAUUACCUGGGCUUGUAUAGUGACAUGUUUUUCAUCACCCUGCUUACGAUUGAUAGGUACCUAGCUGUUGUCCAUGCUGUGUUUGCUCUGAGGGCCCGGACUGUCACUUUUGGCAUCAUCAGCAGCAUCAUUACCUGGGUCCUAGCUACCUUGGUUUCUAUUCCUUGUCUGUAUUUUUUCAAAACUCAGUUGGAGUUCACUUACCAAACCUGCAGAGCAGUUUUGCCCAAGAAGAGCCUGAUACAGUUUUUGAGGUUUCAGGCUCUCACAAUGAACAUCCUUGGGCUAAUUUUGCCUCUGUUGGCCAUGAUCAUCUGCUAUACAAGGAUCAUCAAUGUUCUACACAGAAGACCCAAUAAGAAGAAGGCCAAAGUCAUGCGUCUGAUUUUUGUUAUUACACUUCUCUUCUUCCUCCUCUUGACCCCCUAUUAUUUGGCUGCCUUUGUUUCUGCUUUUGAAGACGUCCUAUUCACCCCCGGGUGUGUGAGAAGCCAACAGGUGGACCUGGCCUUGAUGAUAACUGAGGCACUUGCCUACACCCACUGCUGUGUCAACCCAGUCAUUUAUGUCUUUGUGGGUGAACGGUUCCGGAAGUACCUCCGGCAGCUGUUUUGGAGGCGUACAGCUGUAUCCCUGCCAAAAUGGCUGCCCUUCCGCUCGGUAGACCGAGUACAGAGGUCCAGUUCCACGUCUCCAUCCACAGGGGAAAUUGAGGUCUCUGCUGACUUAUAA